CUGGGGCAGAGGGGGCUGAAUGCUCCCCAUAGGGGGAAUGAAAGGCUUCUGAAACAGAAUCUCUUAGCUAAAAAUCCAGCAUUUACCAGUUUGUCUCCCCCUCACUUUGUGCCAAAGCUGUAAAUGGAAGAAACUCCUGAUAGUCUCCCAGAUCUCUCCGAUGAUGCGACAGAGCUACAAAACACUGCAGACCAGGAGAUGCAUAGGGAGACCAAGCCACAGGCAGAACUCAAGUAUCUGCAAUCAGUCACCAAUGAGAGGAAAAUCAGCAACUGGCUGGAGAUGAAGGUGGCAAAUUUCAGGCAGACCCCAGCCACUGAGACUGAGCUGGAGAAGAUGCGGCAGGAUAUGGAGCUAGCAAUGCUGAAAUGUCAAUAUGAAGAGAAGCAGAAGCAACGGCAGCACAAAGAGAAGAUGGAGCUAAUGCGUCUGCAGGCAUCUGGGCCAGCUGCUGAGGGACUUCAGGACCUCCUCAGACCUCAGGACCAGCUUUCUUUGUUCCUGUAUUGCUUCAUCUUCAUUCAUGUUAUCUAUACAGUGAGGGAACUGCUGUUCUUUUUUGUUAAGAAGCAUCAUCUUUUUGUCAUUGCAGUCACCCUCUUAUAUUUAAUUAAAAAGCUUUGGAAUUACUUGUGGGCUAUAUGUUCUUCCUCCUCUUACACUAGUGGAAACCUCUUACUGGUAUCCAUAUUGUUUGGAUAUGAAGGCAAUAGCGAGCUUAGCUUCUGUGGUAUGAGGUGGUAUGAGGGUUUGCACUAG